AUGUUUUCUGUAUCCCCUUUGGAAAUUUCUAGCUUGAUUUUGCUGGUUUGUUGUUCACUGGUUCGGGUAGUUUUACUUUUCAGUAAGGGGAAAAAAAAUCACAACUCUUCUCGUAAAUGCAUUUCUAUAAUUAAUAUGGGCAAAAAUAUGUUUAUUUAUGAAUCCUUUAACAAUUCAAACUGUUCCUUCAACUGGUAUAAAUGUUGUGGUGCCCAAAAUUGGGACCCUUAUUCCAAACCGAAUAUUCGUAGGAGGCAUCACAUCAACUGUAAUACACUUUACCGUUUCAUUUACCCUCGUCAGACAACAGAAGAUGAUUUACGAACAUUUUUUGGAAAGUUUGGUCAAGUCAAAGAUGUCAAAAUUGUCAGUGAUCGCUCGGGACUCUCGAAAGGAAAUUAUGGGUUUGUUACAUUUGAACAUCAAGACACGGCUGAGAGAAUUAUUAAAAAUGAGUUGUCGCCGACCGUUAUUCUUCCCCAACAAUCUACGAGCUCCAUCGACUAUGGACAUCAAAUAUCACCGGUAUCACAUCAUUCCGGAGCUUCUGCACUUCAAGUUCCCCUAAACUCAUCCACACUGCAACGAGAUCAAUGUCCUUCUUACCCCGACGGUGCUAAUUUUAUUCCUGCCGGUGCUAUCCUGUUCACAAACACCCCCGUGAUCAUACCCAACACAGGAUUGGCCAACGGAAACGCGAUUGAGGUCUUAUAUGCACCUCAAAUACAGGCAGCUUCGCUGUCGCAACCACAAACCACUUCUAACUUUCAUAUUCAAGGUCCUCUUUCUCGGCAACAGCAGUAUAACUCACCGUGUUUCCACGAGUUGAGAAACGUUGAAUCAUACAUCGACUCAGUAUCUUACUUGGAUGAAAGCAAAUGUGCAUCCAGUUCCAUGAGCUCAAGGAGUCUGAUUGGUUCUUCCAGCCAGGCAAAGUCUCCACCUGGUAAAAUAAAUCAGAAUGAACAGCUGGGAGCUAUGGAUGUUUCUCAAGUGGGAAGACGAGGGUCAAUCUCGGAGAAUUCGAGCCUGUUUCACCAAUGGCCUCCCUAUGUGGAUCCCACUAACUCUCAGGUUGAGCUUGCAGAGGAUAGUGGCUACAUGAAUUCGAUCCUCAAACACCUUCAAUAUGGUCUAUCUAAUCAAGUCAAGAGUCUGGAUCUCAUCGAGGACCAAAAUAAAUUACCCGAUGAUACUGUCACCUUUACAGCACGUCAGGACACUGGUUUGAACUCCUUAAACAGUGCUUCCGCCAGCGGAGACACUUCCUUUCGUCAUUUGCAAUAA